AUGCCCAAGGUAUCCGCUAAAGACACCAAGAAAUCCGCUGGGGUACAAGCUGCCGCCAAGAAGAGAGCUAAGAAGGAUCCUAACAAGCCUAAACGAGCUCUUUCUGCUUACAUGUUCUUCGUUCAAGAUUAUCGAGAGCGAAUCAAGCAAGAAAACCCCGAUGCUACUUUCGGUGAUGUUGGUAAACUCUUGGGUCUCAAAUGGAAGGAGAUGAGCCCUGUCGAGAAGAAGCCCUACGAAGAUAAAGCUCAAGCCGACAAAGCUCGUGCCGAUAGAGAAAACGCUGUAUACAAAGCCAAUGGAAAAGCAGCUAAAAAAGCCGCUCCCGUUGUUGAAGAGUCAGACGAUGAUGAAGAUGAUGAUUAA